CUUUCACACUCCAACAACUUCCCGUACGCACACACAGUAAACCGCCAUCCCAGUAGCAGCCGAAGAACAUUGAAACGCUUCCAGCGCAAGAUCCUGGAGAUGGCCACCACACGUGGAAGACUGAUAGUAUUCAUCGCGUCAUUGUCAUCCGAAUCUCGUAUAAGUAGUACUUGUCGUCUUUAUCAUCGCACGGCAGGACGUCGCAUACGUUGACCACAGUAUAUUGCCUCCGAGUCAGAUGCUUCGGACUUGCCACAAAGUUGCCAGCCGGCUGUUGAGUCCGGCUAUCAGGUGCAAUAUAAAUAAUUGGUGUUUAGGGUAUCAGGUAUCUGCUUCAAUUCUGGUAUUUCCUCCGUAUCACUGCUUGAAGUGAUGCAUUUUCAAGAUUAUAAUCUCGCCACCGACUAUGUGGAGAUGGAUCGACUUGCUGUUCAACACAGGAUGUGGUGUUUGUUGAUUGAAGGACUUUGGCCGCGGUCCGUUACUGAAAGAGUGGAUAGUCUUUUGAAUACCGAAGGUAAGCAGAAGACUGUCAUGGACAUUGGAUGCGGGUCGGGAAUAUGGGCGAUUGAAAUGGCGAGGAUGUACCCGAACGCUCAAGUCGUGGGCCUUGACCUAGUGGAACAAACCUACCCGGAUGCCCCGGAAAAUUUCAAAUUCAUCCAAGGAGAUGUUACCAAAGUGCUUGAACAGUUCUCAGGACAGGCAGAUAUUGUCCAUUGCCGAUGCGUCACUCAACACGUGAAGGACCCUCAAAGCUUGGUCCAGUCGCUCGCCGACAGCUUAAAGCCCGGUGGUGUUCUCCUACUUGCAGACGGGGACUGGGAAGUAUACAACGAGUCUAAAGAAGUAGUCCUGCCUGUCGAAUACAGUGCAGAGAAAGGUGAUGUGAUAACGGGAGAAACCCGAUCCUGGUAUGCGGGUUGGCUGGCAUUGGUCGGGGCUGCUACCAGAAGUCCUCAGUAUCGCCGGAUAGACGAAUUGGUGAAAGGAUGCGAAGGGUUUGACCCCCACUUCGAUUUUCGUCAGUAUUACAGCCCUUUGAACUGGCCUGGUGUGCAUAUAAACCACGGGGAGGAAUUGGGGAAGAUCUUGAAUAUCAAUCAACGGGCCUUCCUGCAUGGUAGUCGAGGUAUUUUGGGAAAGAGAGGUAUUCCAGAGGAAACCAUAGAUAAAUGGGCGAAGCAUUACGAAGAAGAUCUCGAUAAUAAACAUUAUUAUAACGUAUGGUAUUAUACAGCUGCCCAGAAGUCCAUAUGCGUCUAAUGUGCAUACGCGAAUAAAUACUGUAGAAAUAGAAUCAAACUCUAUGUAUGUAGUCGUAGUAGGAGCGUAGUAGAGGGUAUCAGGGUAUAGUAGAUGCAAUACUUUUAUUAAAAC